AUGAAGUCGAGGACGCGCAGCGAUAACCUGACAUGUGUCGCGGUAAAUCCAGCCGGCCAAAUAGCUCGAUCAGUCUCCGUGCAAAUCCGUGGACCAGGAAGCCCGCCAUCUUCCGUCACACUACAGAGUGAACGAGGUGGUUAUACCGUAUCUUGGCUACCACCUUCACAUCCGAAUGGAAAUAUUACGAAGUACGUUGUGUAUCACACGCUCAACAAAGACGAUCCGUUGUCGGAUUGGCAGAAAUUGGUGUUGGACGGCACGGAGAAUAGUAUCAGGGUACUCGCAAAAACUGACGAUGCCUUUUAUGUACGGGUUCAAGCGGCUGCCGACAGUGGACCAGGAGUCAUCUCUGACAUUGUGGCUAUCGAAAAAGACAUCACGUCACCAUCAUUGUGCCAUGAUGCAAUGAUUACAUCAGCCAGUCUCGUCAUCAUCAUCGUCGCAACAGCCUGGUCGUAUUCGUCCCCUCGUACCCACUCCAUCAACGCCAUCGAUGCAGCUCCAGAGGAUUCCGCUGCACCACCACAUCCCAUUCCAAUAGGUGUCUCGCUCGAGUACACUGAUCCACCAGAACGAGAACAUCUACUGGUAGAGUCAUGGGAGCAGGUCAGGGUUCGUUGCAUUGCUCGAGGUAAACCGCAGCCACAGUUGUUCUACGUCCUGACUGAAGAAGGAGCUGAUCCAGAAGUUGAGGAGGACGUUUGGCAGUUAUUGGAUGUAACAGAAGAGCAAGACUCCAUCGUUGGUGAAGUAGAAUUUUCCACAAUAACGUCAAAAACGCUCCAUUGUAAAGCGAAAAAUACGGCUGGGUCAAAUUCAUCAUCGCUUACUUUUCUGGUGAAAAAACCGGGAGAUGCUCCAAGAGACAUCCGAGUGUUGUCGAUCGAUUCUCGUGACAUCAUCAUUGUAUGGAAAGCUCCACAUUAUCCGAACUUGAAGAUUGAAUUCUACGAGCUCUUUCUGAGUGACGAUGUCGACGAGGACGAAGAGUACUGGCAGAAAUACCGCACAAUGACCAGGAAUGAUUCGGUGGCAAUAACAAGAUCAUCCAUACCUACCGAUCAAUUGAAACCGUCCCAUGAUUACUUUGUGAAAGUUCGAGCAGUUAACAGAGCUGGUGCCGGACCGGAAAAUCCCCCGACAGGUGUAAAUGUUGAUAUAAAUGAGGCAAACAUCGCUGUGGUACGAUGGGACAGGCCGAAUUCAACGACAGAGAUUUUGAGUUAUGUAAUCUAUUUUACAAGGGAUCUUGGCCUUUCCAAUGAAGAUUACAGAGAAUGGCAAACGAUUGAAGUACCAGCCACACAAACACGGUACAAGUUUGAUUACCAAGUCGGUCUCAAACCUAAAACGUUUUAUCGUGUACGAGUCAGCGCGAAAAACGAUGUUGCUGAAGGUCCAGUUAGCGAAACCAAAGAGUUCGAGACAGCUUACUCCGAGGAUAAUUCGUUGAUCAUCACCUUCACUGCAGUGAGAGAUCCCGAUGAUCACACAAAUGUCGUACAGGUCACUAUGUCUGCUGACGGAGAAGGUCUAAAACACAGUACAAUGUACUGGGUAAAGAUCACCGCCCUACUCAACAACCCUACACGUUUCGUCCAGGCCUCGAAACCUCGUUGGUUUCGCACCGGAGACGGAAGACUUAGAACCCGUGCGGAAAUCGAAGAAGGCUCAGUAAUGGAGAAAGAACCGAAUUUGUUUGAGAAUCUCCGAAUUGUCUGCCGUGCCGAGGGUAGUCCAGCACCAACCAUAGCCUGGUUCUGGAAUGGUCAGCCGAUCAGACAAGAUCGGGAGGGCUGGACAAUGAAAGAAGAACAAGCUGACAAGAAAACAGUGUCGAUAUUAACACGAAGCAGUGUUCGGGAAUCAGGACAUGCUGUUUGCAUGGCAAUAAGUGAAGUUAGUAAUGCCACCGCCGAGAUUGAGGUUCGGGUUCAAGGACCUGGCAGUGCGCCAAGAAACGUAGUAGCUGUUGGAUGGCGUAAUCAGUUGAACAUUUCUUGGGAGGAGCCAUCCAUUCCUAAUGGAAUCAUUAUGAAAUAUAUAGUUUAUUAUGCUACCCGAGACGCUGCCGAUCUGUCCGAAUGGGAUAAAGUCGAAACCGAAGCGACAGAGAUUGUAUUGGAGACGACGUCACCAGAGACCCGAUAUCUGAUACGAGUCCAAGCUGCUACACCUGACGGCCCCGGCAUCAUCUCUGAUGCGGUCGAAUGCUACAGCGAUCGUCGCUAUCAACCAAUAGAGAUGAAUCUCGUUUCUGUCGAUGUACCCGAACUUGAAGCUGAACCCAAUCAAACGGUCACGUUUCGCUGUAGCGCUCAGGGCCAACCGAUUCCAAGCCUAUUCUAUUCCUGGGACAACAGCAGUGAAUUCCAUAUCAAAGACGUUCUGGUCACCGAGCGGGUUUAUCACGUCAGUGGAUUGUUUGAAACCAAGGCUUUCACAAAUCGAACAGUCGUCUGUCGAGCUAUGAAUAAGCAUGAGAAUGUGACUACCAACAGGACACUGAUCAUACGCAAGCCAGGAGAUGUGCCGACUAAUGUAACAUGGAUGUUUGACGAUAAUGACAGCCUCUUUAUAAAUUGGGAUCGUGUUCGCUAUCCAAAUGGGAAUACUACUUACAUCCUCUAUCUUUCGAACUUCGUUGAGCGCGUUGCAGGACCUCCUGUACGGAUACCACAAGUACCAUACAACGUCAAUGUAACCCUGCAAGUUUCGGCGGAAAACGAGUGGGGUGAAGGAGCGAAGUCUGCCCCAAUCACGUUCCCUACACCAAACGGAGGACCCAAAAAUGCACCGUCGAUUACAUCAAUACAAGUCAAGGAUGUGAGACUGACCAUGGCAUGGGUGCCACCGACAAUGCCGAACGGGGAGAUCAAGGCAGGCAAGAACAGACUAAGUAAUGAAGACGAACCGUGGGAAUACGUGGAAGUGAACGGCAACAGAUCUCGGUUCAGUAUAGAUCAAUCGUUUGGAUUGCUGCCCGACUCGCAUUAUCAGCUUAAAAUCUCGGCUACCAAUGAGCGACAUGAAGGACCGGCGUCGGAGGUAUUAUGGUUCGAUACCAUUUCGGGUAACGAAGAUGAUCUACCGGCUCCAGAAAAUGUGACAGCUUAUUUGAAAAACUCAUCGCUGAUUGUAUACGUGCCAACAGGACACCCCUAUCAGAACUACAUCAUUUAUAUACGACCGGAGUUCAGCGAUCAAUAUUGGAAGUAUGAGGCUACUAAUGUGACCGAAUCACAAAAAACCAUCGUUAUUGAGCACUUCCCUUUGGACAAAAAUGUUAGCUACCAAAUGAAGAUUUCUGGUGUCAGGUUCGGACACGAGAGUCGCUCAUCGCGUGAGUUCCGACUAAUGGUCGAUUCUGACUCUGAAACAACCGUAUCGCCUGAUUCCGAGCUGUUAGAAAUCACUACGAAGGCAACAGUGGAAGAUAAACGACGGAUCGUCAAGGAACCUCCACUGUAA